AUGGGAAAUUGUACAAGUUGCACAGAACGACGUCGAUCAAGUUUACCGUCAUAUCCAAUCGCGUCACGAUCGUUACAUCCGAAUCCAUUGUCGAGUCGCCUACGCAAUUUUCGUUUAGUUCAACCGUACAACUUAAAUGCAUUGAUUGAUGAAACAUUGGCGAUUAUACGAACAGUUGUUGAUACUGACCAAGAUCUUCCGCACGCCAUGCUAGUCAUAUCACGUAUUGCCAAUCGAGAAGAUCGAUGGCUGAAUGUCAUGCUUGCCUUAGUCGAACGUAUACCAAUCAACGAUCCCCUGGGUGCAACAGUUAUCGCAUUACUACUUGAUGAAUGUCCAUUGCCAUCGAAAGAGUUAUUACAACAACUGAUAUCUCUGAUUUGUUCAGAUAAUCAUUCGAGAGUAAAGCUUCUCCAGACAGCUCUCGAUAAGUAUGUUAAAGAAAAUCAGCAGAUCGUACAGAAGCAAACAAAGGAUGUAAAUAUCGAGGAAAUUGUACCAAUGAUAAAUAGUAGCGCAAAUGAACAACAAGAAAAAUUGAACAAGAAAUCGUCAUUACCAAAACUUUCAGUAAAAGCAAGCAGCCCACCCGAUGCACAAUCGUCGAAGAAAAUUGAAAAUGAAUUCCAUCGCGACCGGAAUACAUUGAUCUUACUUGGUUGUCUUGCUGAAAAGCUCGUCGGUCCGACGAGUGUAGCAAUGUUAAAUACAAAUGCACUAGAAUUUGUGAUCGAUCGAGUUUACUUAGGCUUACAUAAUUAUGAACAAUUGAGUUCUCCGAGCUUUGAUGCAGAUAAUCAGUUAUCCAGUUAUUCGUCAGUAUUUAAAAUCAUUUUAUUUGCGUUGGUUACUGUAGAAAAGUUUUCUCAGUCGUCGGAAUCUAAGCAUAUUCUGCUACAAUCGUUAACGGUGAAAGAUAAACAAAAGUCAAUGAAUGUUCUAGAAUAUUACGAAACAUGGACAACGUCAGCGAAUUGUUUAAAACGACAAAUCGGUUUUUAUGCUCAAUGGUUACUUGAUAAUGUUUUCAUUCUCGAUUAUCGACGAUCUUCCUAUGAAACUCUCGAUCAUCAGGCAAUCAAUGUUAUAUUAAAUGAUAAAGACGUUAGUGAAUAUUUAAAAAUUGGUCCCGAUGGACUCGAAGCUCGCAGUGACACAGUUUCCUUCGAAAGCGUUCGAUCGACAUUCAGCGUGAGAUCCGAUGUCUGGUAUUACGAGGUCUUGAUCGUCACUGAUGGCGUCAUGCAAAUCGGUUGGGCGACUAAACAAUCAAAAUUUAUGAAUAAUGAAGGUUACGGUAUUGGUGAUGACCAAUAUUCCAUCGCCUAUGAUGGAUGUCGAAAUCUGAUAUGGUUCGGUGCGAAGUCCAUCGCACAUAACAAUCCGCCAUGGAAACCUGGUGACAUCCUUGGUUGUUUGAUUGAUUUCGAUCGACGUGAGGUGAUCUUUUCUCUGAACGGACGUGCGCUUGAUCCAUUUCGUAAAGUGUUCUCGUCCAGUUCCACUCCGAUUAUAGAUGGCUUUUUCGCUGCUUCCAUUUCGUCACCCGCCGACACACGUGCGUUCAUUCAAAUCAUUCAAUGA